AUGUCUCAACCAGCCCCUAGACGUCGUGGUCGACCCAGGAAGACAGAAUCUGAAGAAGCGCGGGUCGCUCGGGAGCGUGCUCUGCAGCGCGUACGAUCACAACGAUACUACGAACGAAAACAUCAGCAAGCCGUGCAGCCCUCUCUCCCGCCCGCCGAACUGCACCAAACAGAAUUCGUGCAUUACCACCAUACGUUGUCUCGGCAGUCACCAGCUGCAUCGUCAACGGACCCGAGUACCGGCUUCCACCUGGAGUCGCAACUCCACAUUCCCAUACCAGAUGAAGAUCCACUGCCGGUCGAGUCUACUUUGAUCGAUCACGAACCAAGCGGCGUAGAGGUGGAUUCAGCUGAAGGACCGUGUGAUCUACCAUCUGUGGAGGAUGAUGAUCCACAUACGGGUAAUGCAACGCCCCAGUCUCGCCAAGUUAUAGAAGAACAAACGACUCAUUUCAGCCUGGGCACGCAAUCUAUCCCUCAUUCAGCUUCUCUUCACCAUAUUGAUGACGUCGCCGAUGGCCAUGAUGUUGAGGAUAGAUCCUAUGGCAUCCCCGAAUUUACCAAUCACCGCCCUCAAAAUCCGCCGCCUUCAGAGAACCCAAUCCCGAGGCUCGAGAAACAUCUUGCUCAGGAGUGGAUGAUGCAUCCAAGCUGUUCAAGAGAAGAACAUGAUGCAGACCACGGGAAGUUAAUCGAGACUGCUUGCCACCGUUCUUGUGACUCACUAGAAGAUGUUAUCGCUCGGCUCGAUGGAUUGAUGAAUGAUGAUCAUAGCCAUGACCCCCUACCGCAUGUCACUGAACCCACUUCUGAUAUUCUCGAUCAUGCUUCUUCGGCGGACGAUCCUUGCAGUAAUAACCUGCCUCACAAUUCUAAUUCACAAGAGCACACAAGCUCGCGUCAACGUGAUUACAGGGCAGCUUGCCAAAUCGCUCUUGAAGGAUCUCUAUGCGGUGGCGUACCACCGAGUCUUUGCUUGGAAGCCAAACAUCGCCUUGCACAGCCUUUUACAGAUAACUUCAUCCGAAAAACGUACGACGUCGACAGCAUAUGUAGUUUCCCCUCGUCCUUGGCUGUCGCCAGGUUGGGUAUUCAGUGGUACCCGCAACCACAUGUUAUCUUCAACCUCACGGAUGACGUUCACAUCAGCCUCGACAUCCCUACCGAAGGCUUUCAUCGCAACAAUCUUCAGCCGCGAGGGAGUUGCCAGCAACGACGUCUAUUACAUCAUAUCCCAAACUAUUGCUUUGGACGGGUUCAGGGCUUGAUAGAUACAUUCAUCUGGGUGUUCUUCCCUGCUUUGUGCCAUCGCCACAUACAUGAUAACUCCUAUAAGCGGACUUCAAUUCCCAAGGAGCAAUACACAUUAUGGUAUGAUAAGGUCCUAUUGCCAGCGGUUGUAGCAGCAGUUCAAGAUCCAAGCAUACUCCAGUACAUUCCCCCAAGCCGCCGAGUCGCUCAAUCUACGUCACGCGCUCGACAGGAGGGUAUCUCCACUGAGUGUCUUACAGGUGCAAAUGCGAGUAUGGAUGUGCUUGGUCAAGGCACAAGGAGCAACGCACUCUCAUACUCACUUCAACACAGACACCUUGGGGCGAUAUGGCAGGAAAUUCAAUCGCGAAUAAUAGCAUUUCCACAAUUCGCUGGCGUAAGACUAUACAUGGGGGCGAAGAACCUGAAGCUUGCAUACAUGCACUUGGAUAUCGCUCAGACCCUCAGUGAUUUUGACAAUCAAUGGAAUGCCGCUGUUGACAAGAAAUUCCUCGAUCCAGACUGUACAUUUAUCGACAUUGGUCGUCAAUAUACCCCUCAAAUUGGGUCUGCUGCUGAGUCUAAUGUCCUUAUUUGGCGCCGCUGCUGUCUGAGACGACUAUGGCGGCAGCGACAAGCAUGGAGUCGUCAGUACAACACGGCGAAGCCUGACGAACAUAACCACUCACAGUCUUUUGAGCCACGUCAAUGUGGCGUCUCAACCCUUCGUCAAGCUGAGUACCCGUUCGUCACCACGCGCGACGCGGCCGACAUGACAAUCACACCCACCCACAAUAGCCGUGAGGCUCGUGAAGGUCUCCUCUAUAGCCAGUUUUAUAACCUCGUCAAGAUUCCUUUUGAUGCCGCCAAACAGUACCCGUUUCAGAACCCCCAGCUCGAAAAGAUGGCUCUGGAUCCUUCCUACCUCGCUGAUUGUGAAAAGUCUACCCGUGGAAGUCAUGCAAAUCAAGCUUCUCUCAAGCUCGCUUAUCGAUUAAGCAAACUUCGGGUUCGAGCUGCCUUGAUUCCAAAUGGUGAAGACGAGAUCCCAGUUCCGUUCGCAUAUGGCGUUCGAGCUGAGGAUCGCCUCUCUUGGGCGCUUCUACAACGUAUACUCCCUCACUUGGCCCCCUCGCAGACAGCCGUCUCGGCUGUCCAUGAAGAGGUUACGCCCGACCUGGAGCCACCUUUUUUCGCCAUACAGUCAAGAACCAUGGCACGCUUCCUACAUAGCCAUAUCAAUAGGUAUUGUUUCCUCUUCGAGCACAUCAAGUCUCAGACUGGACCCAGUUACUCAUUACCAGAGACUGCUGUUAUGGCAAUGGCGCUCCGUAGCCUCCGUUUCAGCAUGUCUGGUAUCAUCGCAAAGGAACCAUUGUUGUGGAGAGAUCGAUGGAGACAGGGCCGCAGUACUACACCACAAAACGAUCAGCAGCAGGGUGACGAAGUAGAGCUAGAAGGUCUAGGCUUGUACAAAUCUUCAAGGGACUAUGGGCUAGGCUGGUGGCUCCCAGGUAAAUUUGAUUGGGAUAAAUGGCGCUUCAAAAAUGAUGUUGGCGAUCGAAUUAUUGCGAACCACCAUAUCAUACAACGCGAUUAUGGUCGUCAAUGGAGGGUUAUUCAGGACAUUCGUGAUGUCCAUGCACGCAUGUGGCAGGCCUAUAAGUGGGCUCAGCAUUACUCAGUUCGAGAACGGCCAGUCAAUCGGGGCAUCUGGCUUGAGUACCUGUACAGUACUGUGAUCGAGCUCUUCCAAUGCGACGUCUGGUCCGAAGCCGUCAAGAGCCUCGACUGGACGACAGGUUCUGACCUCAACGAGAAGGCGGCCACUGAAUUCUCUAAAUCUGACCCCCCAGAUUAUUGCUACGAUGUUCUACAAGACUUGUUCCACGAUCGACGCCGGAGUAUCAGUCACACUCGACCAUAUCUUCUGACGGGUAACAAGGUUCGUUCACUGGAUAUCUGGGACCUUGUAUGUGACCUCUUGGGAUUUGAUCUCCAUGAAGGACGACUUGAACCACGAAAAUACCAUAAAAUCACUCCUUAUCGUAUUGCUGUGCGGCGCAGUUUUGAGGUCAUAAGUGAAGUCCUAGGGUGCGCAGAAGCGUCUCGUUGGUUCAUGAAGCUUGGUCGGCUCCUUUUACUGACACAUUGGAUACUGCCUUGGCCAUCCACUACAAAUAUCAUUUCUACCACAAAGGAGAGCCGCAAGAAAGGCCUUAAACGGAGACUGAUCUGGGUCUCUAUUGUUUACGCCACUCCCGAUCUAUUACGUCUGUACAGCUGUCGUUCUACCGUACCUAUUUGUCCUAUGGAGGACAGGGAACGCCAGAUCACAAUAAGAGACAAGCUCUGUGAAACCAUGAUCACAACAUCAGCCAGGCGCUUCGGAACGUCUGGAUGGACACCCGAGUCCGACCCGUUGGACAGACGUUUUCACUGGACCCCUGAUGAUCUUCUUCAAUGUACCGCUACUACACUUUUUGUUGAUGCUUUCAACAUUGGUCGAGCUGUUGAGCCCUGUAGCAAUGGGAAGAUCUACCCCCUUGCUGAACGGGGCCGACCACCGAUAUUGAGGCUAGUGAAACGUAUACGUAAUAGCACACUUGAGGAGUUAGAUCAGUUAUUUAGCGAACUCAUCAGGAUCGUACAGACCGAGUCCAUGGACAAACAAGCUGGGAACAGCUCUAUGCCGUUAGGUUGCACGAUCCCCUGCUUAAGUCAGUCUUCCACUGGCUCUAACAACCGGAUGACACGGCAUGGAUUCAGCCAUCAGAAGUCUGCCCUUAACUGUGACCAAACAGCAGACGAGGACACAAUAGAAUCUAAAUCUGUCGAGAGGGAGAGCGAGAGCCUUACCGCGCGGAGAUCCCAAAAAAUUCGCCUCCACAAUGUCCCCAACUACUGCCUUGGACGUGUCAUUGGCCUUGCGGAUACGUUCAUCUGGGCCUUCUUCCCUGCCCUUUUCUCCGGCAAGCUCUCCGAUCCUUACAGCCAGACCUGUAUUCCCAAAAAGAACUUCGUGCACUGGUACGAGGAGGUGAUGCUGCCCGCCAUACAAGCUGUUGUCGAUGACAAUAACAUACUCCAGUAUAUCCCAAAGACACAUGCCAUCGCGUCUUCGGACUGCAGUGCGCCCCGGGAAGCGUUAGUAGCUCUGGCGGUGGCGGAGGAAGAUGAGGCCGAUAUGGAAGAAGAACUGGAUGGGUUUACCGGAGCGAAAAGACGAGACGGUCCGGCCGCACAGCCGGGGUCACGACGCAAGCACUUCUACGUCACGCUUCAGUCCCGCUACCUCGCAGCUUUAUGGGAGGAGAUACAUUCCAGGGCUGCUCUCUGGCCUGAAUAUGCAGGGUUGCGACUCUACAUGGCUGCUAAGAACACCAAACUGACAUGGAUGCGGCCCACGUUCGAGUCGGCACUCGCGGAGUGGCAGCACCACUGGAAUUCUGCGGUUGACGAGGCGUACAUUGAUCCGGAUGUCACUUACAUUGACAUCGGCCGCCAGAUGACGCCGGCCGAUACAGGACCACAUGGACGCGUACUUAUCUGGCGCCGUUGCUGCAUGGAUAGGCUCUGGCGUCGCCGGCUACAGUGGAGCCGGAUCCAAAAUCGGCUGUAUCAUCGUGAGGAAGACGCUUGCAAGGACGAAUCGGGCAAACGUCAGGCUCCGCCAAUCCGCAGGACGACCUAUCCGUUUGUCACUCUUCGCGAUGCGAGAGACAUGACCAUCACUCCUAGUUCAUCAAGCUGGGAGCUUCGAAACGGUCUCGUGUAUAGCCAGUUCUACAACCUCAUCAAAGUUCCCUUCGAUGCAGCUAAGCAGUACCCGUUCCAGAACCGCCACACCGAGAGCAUGGCGCUAGACCCAUCGUAUCUCAGAGAUCAACGUAACUCCACACGAGGGGCACAUGCCCACCAGUCCCGAGUACAAUGUGCCUACCGUCUGAGCAAGCUCCGUAUUCAUCGCAACGUUCCUGCUGUCGACCAGGAUGAUGAUGAUGAUGAUGAUGAUGAUGAGAUACAUCAUGAAGAAUCAACACAUCACCCAUUCACAUAUGGUAUACGUGCAGAAGACAGGGUAUCAUUGGCCCUUCUACGGCGUAUCACUGGUAUGUUCUCAUCUAGCCCCCCGCAGGAUGGGUCAGGCGAUGAUGAAGAAGAUAAAGAGAGGGACCAUCCAUUCUUCUCCGUUUCUUCUCAAACGAUGGCCCGUUUCCUCCGUGCUAGCGUCAAUCGAUAUUGUUUCCUAUUUGAGUAUGUAAAAUCGCAGACCGGCUUGAAAUAUUCACUUCCCGAGACUGUUGUUAUGGCAGCAGCGCUUCGUGGACUUCGGUUCAGCUACGAUUGUUCCCUCAUCGCGAAAGAAUCGGUACUCUGGGGAGAUAGAUGGACGUCGACGCAGCGCGUGAGAGUUGAGGGUGGGGAAGCGCGGAUCGUCAAGGUAGAGCGAGAAGGGCUAGGUCUGAACAAGACGUCUAAGUCGCACGGAUUUGGCUGGUGGCUACCAGGGAAGUUUGACUGGAAUACCUGGCGGUUCGCUUCCGAUGUUGGCGAUCGACUCGCCGUAGGUAACGACCUCCUACGCCAGGAUUACAAGCGUCAAUGGAGAGUCCUCAAGGAUAUUCGAGACGUUCACGUUCGCAUGUGGCAAGCCCAGAGUUGGCUAGGGCGAUAUCGAGUGCAGGACGACGCGGCGGCAAAGAGACUGUGGCUCGAAUACCUGCACUCCACAGUCAUCGAGCUCUUUCAGCGGGAUGUCUGGCGUGUGGCCUUGAAGAGUAUUAGCUGGAAGACGGGCUCUGAUGUGACGGACGAGGCGUCGAUGAGCUAUCCAGUGUCUAGUCCACCAAGCUUAUGCUACGAUGGGCUAUCGAACCUGUUUCACGACCGUCAACGUGAUGUGAGCCACACGAGACCGCACCUUGUCGCCGGAAACAAAAUACGGUCGACAAGCAUGAAGGAUCUCUUUGAUGACCUAUUCUCGCCGAGCUCUACUGGCACGGCUAUGAAGCGUCGGAGAGGGUGGGCUUCGCUGCCCUACCGUAUCGCAACUCGUCGAAGCAUCGAGCUCGUGGAGAUGGGUCUUGGGGCGGCGGCCGCAACACAGUGGUACGCACAGCUGAGGCGGAUUGUGCUAUUGACGCAUUGGAUUCUGCCCUGGCCAUCAGACACAGAGCUUCUAACGACGACAAAGGAAAGCCGGGCUACCAAUCUCAAACGCCGGCUUACCUGGGCCUCGAUUAUCCAUAAUACCCCAUUGGAUAAGUCCACAAGGCACCACGAACCAGCUAUGCCAACGCGAAAAGUCAACGACGUAGAUCGCCACGUCUCUGUGCAAGAUAAUCUAUCGCAGCUAUUAUCAGAGGUAUGCAAGCGUCGUUUCGGCAUCACUGGGUGGGUGAAUAGCUCAGAUAAUGCAAAGCCGUGCUACCACUGGUCUGCCGGGGAUUUAGUCAGGAGCACGCGUGACUGUAUUGACAUUGAUGCACUUCAACUUGGCCGUGCGGUUGAGGCGUACAACAGGGGUUGUAUCUUUCCCGUCGUAGAGAGAGGCCAUCCGCCCCAACUACGGAUGGUUACACGCAUCCGGGAUAAGACUCUAGAUGAACUCAGUCGAUUGUUCGAGGAACUGUUAGAGGCAGGCGAUGUCGACCCCAGCUCUCCAGUUGCGAGCAUCACACCCGAAAUCGGACAAUCUCGCAUGUUUUCGCGUUCCGCGACACGACAAGCCGAGCAAGACGCUGCAAGAGAUCUGGCAGCACAGUCACGAGGAUGUCGUUAUCUGCAGCUACUAGCUAGGAAAUAUCCACGAACAGCGGAUGAGCGGGAAAGGCUCCGGAGAUAUUUCCGACGGCGUGGCCGUGUACGAGCUGGCAAGGCUGUUGCCAAUACGGAUUCGAUCCAUUCAGGCGACACGAGUUUAACCGCGCAGACAGAUGAAACGGAUGGGUCGUGGAGGCCACAAAAACGUUUGAGAAAGGCAGUCAGAGAUCAGAUGACAGCCAAGCUAGAGUAA